CACUGACAAACGGUAGCAGGUUGAGUGGGUGACAGCGGCUAGCAUCACACUUCAGCCGUGAAACAGCGGACGUCAGCUAAGUUAACAGGAAGCAGCGGGUGAAUUAGUGUUGUAGACAGUUGAACAGACCGUCUGCCAAAAGGAUAAAACGUUAUUUCUGAGUACGGUGAGGAUGUCUGUCCCGGCAGGAGAGGGAUGAAGAUGACACCACUGUUAUGGCGAGUUGUGUCAGUGUGGCUAUGUAUGGCUGUGCUCUUUCGGUACCCUAGUUGCUAUGUCAGUUGCACAGAGUCGCACCAGGAGGCCCAGGGGCCCGUGUCCUCACAGGACGUCGGUACGGAGGAAGAGUCAGGGGAGAAGAUUCAUCAGCACAAGGUUGAGGAAAGCUGGGUCUUACCUGCCCAGCCCCCUUCUGAAGAUGAGCAGCUGAUAGAGGAUGAUCAGCAAAAACAGGAGCAGAUAAUCCAAGAGGUGGAGGCCUUUGAAGCAGAGGAGCCUGCUGUAGAAGAAGAGUUGGAGGCAGAGAAAGGAAUUUCACAACCUGAACCAGAACCUGAGCAAAGCUCUGAAAAUCAGCAUCCUGAAACCUCCAUCACUCCAGACCAGGCAUCACUGCUGCCUUCCUCUCACCCUGUCUCUGAACUUGCUGCUGAGCUUGAAGAUAAUGCAAACACCAUCAACCUUCAGGACAACAUCCCAGAUAGGCAAGAUAUUAUUACCAACAGUGUUUCAGAUGAUGCAGUUGACGUAGCUGCACCCGAGGUCAUUGAUUCUGACCUGCCUCCAGCUGACUGUGAGGAGGAGAAGAACCCAUAUGACAAUGAUAGCAGUCCUCCAAUUGUUCUGGAGAACACUUCCAAUGUUCACACUGCAGGUACUAAAACCCACACGGACCCACCUCUGACUUCUAACACUGGUCCUGGCACACAGCCUCUGGAGGCCAACACCUCACACAUGCUGAAAAAGCAGGACCUGAGCUCCCCUGUUACCACAGGCACAGAUUCCAGUCCGAGCAGCAAAGACCCCGAGGACAUCCCCACUUUUGAUGAGUGGACGCGGAAGAUGAUGGAGGUCGAGAAUGAAAAGACUCAGUCUACUCAUUCUUCCAACAACGGGGCUCCUCACACGGUGAAGAAGGUCCAGAAGAACUUUAAUAACUAUGCCUCAGUGGAGUGUGGAGCUAAGAUCCUUGGCGCUAACCCAGAGGCAAAGAGCACUUCAGCCAUACUGAGGGAGAACAUGGACUUGUACAUGUUAAACCCCUGUAGUAAUAAAAUCUGGUUCAUCAUUGAGCUCUGUGAGCCCAUCCAGGUGAAGCAGCUGGACAUCGCUAACUUUGAGUUAUUCUCUUCUACGCCCAAGGACUUUCUCGUCUCCAUCAGUGACAGAUAUCCGACAAACAAGUGGCUGAAGCUGGGAACCUUUCAUGCCCGGGAUGAACGCACAGUCCAGAGCUUCCCGUUGGACGAGCACCUCUAUGCUAAAUAUGUGAAGAUGUUCACCAAGUACAUAAAGGUAGAGCUGGUCUCUCACUUUGGCUCUGAACAUUUCUGCCCUCUCAGUCUCAUAAGGGUGUUUGGCACAAGCAUGGUGGAAGAGUACGAGGAGAUCGCUGAUCCCGCAGAAAGACCAGAUGAUCAGGAUGAUGAUUUGGAUUAUCCUCCUGGAUACGCACCUGGUGAAGUCAAGUUAUCCAAGAACCUGAUUGGAUCAGCAAAGGAUGUCAUCUUGAACAUGGUAAAUAACAUUGCCGUCAAUGUUCUCGGUGGAAGCCCAGAAAUGCAAGGCAACCUUUCAUCACAGGAAGUGAACAUGACUGAGCCAUCAUCCCAACUUGAAACUACCCCUCAAACUACCACCACAGACCUCACCUCAGUUCCAGACACACAAGUGGAAGAGGUUUUACCAGACCCUGAUAUCUCUGAAACUGUAGCCCCAUCCUCAGAGACCUCUGAGCCAGAGACACCUACCGAAGAUAAAAGCAAACAAGAGCUCCCCCCAGUGGAGGACAAAAUAAUCAUUCCUUUAGAGAAAGAUGAAGAAGAGCCCAUCAGCUCUACAAUCACCCUUUUGGAUAAGGAGGAGGAGUUGGAUGAAGAAAAGGAGAAAACGGAUCAACAUAAGCGACAGCAAAAAAUCCAGAACUACUGUUCACUACUUCCUUCUCUUUCUUCCUCGUGCUCUUGUGCAGCAUCCCUCCAGGAGUAUCUGCAUAGGCAGUGUUCAGCUCUGCUCUCCAAAAAACGGAGAUGCCAAAUUGUGAACAGAAAGCAAACGAUUCCUCCCAUCCAAACACCCACUUGGCACCUACCCCCAUCCCCAUCUGCUUGCCCUGAACCCGAGCAGCACCAUAGUGAGGUACACCAGCCCCAUGAACAAGAACAAGCCUCUGAACAGGAGCCAGAGAGCGGAGCCAGCCCGGCGGAAACGCCUCCGGGGAAAACAGUCGAAUCUCAUAAAGAGUCUAUGUCCGAACCUCCUCUGCUGGAGCCCAGUCAAACCUCGAACCUCCCCACACCCAGUGCCACUGACUUAUCCUCUGCCAAAGCUACCCCUAUUGUGGAGACACCACAGCUGUCUUCUGAGGAACCAGCGAGGGAGCUGAAGCCAGAAAAGAGCCAGGAUGUGCUGGCUGAAGAGAAGCACAUUGAGCCUUCAGUGUCUCUUAGUAGCUCCGUCUCUGUAAAACCCGGUGUCAGUGCCACAGUGGACGUCGCCUCAGUGGCACCAACAGAGAAGUCUGACAUUGAGGUUUCUAAACCAGAGAUAAACGCCCCCAUCCAAACCCCAGAAAAGACAGAUGAAUCCCAAGUUCUCCAUCCCACCACCCCCCCUCAGUUAGAGCAUCACCCUGACCCUCCAGUUGUCCCUGACAGUAGUACUGUUCCCGCUGAGCCUACCCACCCUGCUCCAGACACCAUUACAGAACUUGAGCCCUCUAGUGGUCCCCUGGUCAUCACAGAAAAUAAGAUCGAGGAUUUUGCCGAAGACAUCACUAUGUCAUCAACUGGCAAACCUUCCUCGCCUACCACACCGUCCCUCUCAGAUAUCUAUGCAGAGCCCCCCAACGGCACGGAGCAGAACGGGAACCCAGUGCACGGCUCCAGCCAGAAGGAGUCUGUGUUCAUGAGACUCAACAACCGCAUCAAGGCCCUGGAGAUGAACAUGUCACUGAGUGGACGCUACCUGGAGCAGCUAAGCCAGAGGUAUCGAAAGCAGAUGGAGGAGAUGCAGAAGGCUUUCAACAAAACCAUCAUUAAACUCCAGAACACGUCUAGAAUAGCAGAGGAGCAGGACCAGCGUCAGACUGAGUCCAUUCAUAUGCUGCAGGGCCAGCUGGAGAAUGUGACUCAGCUGGUUCUCAACCUGUCUGUCAGAGUCAGCCAGCUGCAGAAUGAGGUUGCAGACAGGCAGAACUACCUUCUGCUGUCUCUGGUGGUGUGUCUGUGUCUUGGCCUGCUGCUGUGUGUCAACCACUGCCGCAUCAACACAAUUUCUCCAACCGCAGAACCAGAGCCACCCAUACCUAAGAGCUACACCUACUGCUGUCCUGAAAGGCAGUUCUCCUCCUGUGAUGAGACGGGCUUGAAGAGGAGCGCUUCCUAUCCACUCAUACACACACUCGCCACCACUGAAGGCCCUGAAAUGCUGCACGCAGAGGAGACGCAGAGUCUUUGUCCGGCUAACAGAAAGAGGAGACGCCGUAAGAUGAAACCCAUGGAGAAAGUGGAGACUCUGAAACCUUCUUUUCACGCAGCUCCUGAACUGUGUAAUGGAGCUGUUGUGUGUAACGGUGCACCCGUCACCACAAACCCCACCCCCCUCACAAAAAGAUUACUUCCACCUCUGUUUAGAGACUCGCCAUCAGAGGUCAGCUCGGAGGGCUCGUCACAUUCAGACGACCCCUCCUUCUGUGGCAUCACCACAGCUUGCAGCCGGAUCUGUGACGGGCUCCCUCCACCCAAGACCCGGGCGGAGAAACGGGCAUUAAGACGCAGGCGUCCAAAGCCCAGCUGCACGGUGGUGGACUUUCUUCAAGCCCCACGGAGGGACAGGAGUGAACCAUUGCCCAUCUCUACCAUACAGGACAUCAUGAACAGGAAAACAGAGCAAAGCUCUGGGACAUGUGGGGUGAACGUCGCCCUCUCGGGUCCUGUUUGAUGGGACUCCACUCCUUCUCACUGACUGCUCAGUUCUUUCCAAAAGAGGACGGAUGUUCAUUUGUGUAGCCACAGGCAGCUCUGAGCUUCGACAUGAGACAAUCCCUUCACUCCCUUUACUUUUGUUUUCUGUUCAUGUUCUCGUCAGAUGUUUAUAUUUGUUAUACUUCACAGCAAAGAAAUGUCUUCCCAGAUUUCCAUUAAAGCUCUUUCUCUUUGGUUUGGAAACUGUGACUAUUGACCCUAACAGUGUGAUUCAAUUGAGUUUUAUGAUCAACAUGCUGCACACUGACCCCGUGAACAGCUUCUCUAGUGUGAAGAGAUUCAUGUUUGCUAAACACCUAUCUCAGUUUUCCAUCUGUAUCUUUUUAUUUCAUAAAAAUUUGGUUCUAAACCUGCUGAUGGGACAAGCACAGGGCUUUUUCUGUCAUCCACUCACCUUCAGAAUAAAAGCACAGAAACAGUUUAUAAAAAUGUAUUUUGGGUUUAAAAACAGAAGACAUAUCAAAGUAUUUUUUAUACUGACAGUGGAAAAAUAGAGCUACAAGAAUCACAAUAAGAAACUUUUUCAUGAUAUGUUCUAUUAUAACUUAUUGAUCCAGAGACCAUGAUGGAAAGAAAGACGGUCUUUUGCAACAACAUAAAGGGAAAAAUUCAGUUUAUUUUGCUGGAAUAAUCUCAAACACAGGAUCCACUCAACCUCAAAAUGAAUUAUUCUUACAAGAGAUUAAUCUGUCAUCAACUGCACUUAAGUCCAGUGGUUUGAGCAAAUAGAAAUAGUAAAUUAAGAUUAGAUAAGAUUAAAUAAACUUUAUGUAAAUGUACAUGAUACAAUAGUGCAAAUAGGCAGGUAGCAGCAAUAAUUUACUUCAAUUAUAAAGGACGGCACAUCUAAUAAAAUAACUGUUCAAUGCCUAUAAGGCACUGGAAAUAAAGGACUUAUUUUACGGGAUUCAGCUGCUCCUUGGGACCAUAAACUGACGGCCAGGAGCAGCUCAGACUCUUGAGUGUAAUUGAUAUGAAGUGUCUGCAAUCAUGUGUUUGGUCUGUUCUGUCAAAUAUACUGCAAAGUUGUCUCUGUUACUUACCCUUGGCAGGUAUUGUGUUUCUGUAACUUGCCAAUCAACGUCCUUGUAUUACACUGAGCAAAACACUAGUACAGGUUACUAGACGCCAUGGGUCAUCUGGGGCCAGUGCAGCAAAGCUAUACCUACUGGCAGAAGGAAAGAAACAAUAGAAUUUUGGAUUAACAUAUAUCACAAAAAACAGUAGUGGAAUGUAAUUAAGUGCAUUUACUCAAUUACUGUACUUAAAGGAAAUAGCCACUUUAGAAUGAAAAUCCAUAGAGUACGUCAGAACGGCUCGGCAUGCAAAAUUGACUUGAGAAGACGUAAUCUACUCCACUUUUAUAGCAUCAUUUCUCACCGCGGUCAGUUAGCUUGCCCUGCAGGUGUGCUGUGUUUAUAUGGCAACUCGCGCGAGACUAGCUGAUGGCUAGUGGUGGUGCUAGUUCUCGAGUCUCCCGUGAGUUGCCACGUAAACACAGCACGCCACGACUUUUCAAGUCAAUUGUGCAAGCCGCGGCUUCAGGGCACUUGGAUUACAAAGGACGAGCCGUUCUGACGUUUUUGAAAUGCAUUAGUGGAGUUUUAUUACAUUUUCAAAAUGUGGGUUCCAUGCACUUCAAGUGUAGCUGUUACUCUGACUAGCUGUUAUUCUCCGAUACCCCGAACGAGUUUUGUGAAAUAAAAAAAAACUACACUGGACUUCUUGUCGGCAUGAGGGUCACUAAGUACUGUCUGGAUUUUCAUUCUAAAGUACAGAUUCAAAGUACUUUUAAUUUACUUUACUACACUAAAUAUUAUAUUUUUUAC